GCGCUCCUCCUCCUGUCCUGAAACAAACCGGCGUUUCAGUAGCGUGGGGUUUCCAGCACAUAUCCAACUUCACGGAGGCUUUGAGGGCGUUUUUGGACACAUGCACGAGCACAUAGUACUGAUGCGUAAAUGUAAUGUAAAUGGGAGGGAGUUUGUAAACUUACUAUUAUAAUCGCAUGCGUGCAGCUGCUCAUUAUGGCUGGAAACAGCGAGAUAUCAGAAGGCGGACUCGAGAGAGAGGAGGAAUCUGAUGAUCAGUUUGAGUUUGGAGAUGAUCUGGAGCUCAAUCAGUUUGAUGGACUGCCAUAUUCCUCCAGAUACUACAGACUCUUGCAGGAGAGGAAAACUCUGCCUGUUUGGAAAUACAGACAUGAAUUCAUGACUUUGCUGGAAAAUAAUCAGAUUCUUAUAGUCUCAGGCACAACCAAGACUGGCAAAAGCACACAGAUCCCUCAGUGGUGUGCAGAGUUCUGUCUGUCUGCGCAGUAUCAGCACGGUGUGGUGGUGUGCAGUCAGAUCCACAGACGCCAGGCUAUUGAUUUGGCUCUCCGUGUUGCAGACGAGAUGGACGUAAACAUCGGCCAUGAGAUUGGAUACAGUAUCCCGCUGGAGACGUGCUGCUCCAAUGAUACUAUUCUCAGGUUCUGCACUGAUGACGUCCUGCUGCGGGAGAUGAUGUCAGACCCCCUGCUGGAGCAUUAUGGGGUGGUGGUGAUAGACCAGGCCCAUGAGAGGACCGUGAACACUGACCUUCUGCUGGGUCUGCUGAGAGAGGUGCUUCUCCAGCGGCCUGAGCUCAAGGUGGUGGUCCUGUCCGCUCCGCCUGCUUCAGACAUGCUCCUCACACACUACGGGAAUGUCCCAUGCCUGCAUCUGGACGCCCCGUGUGCUGGUGAGGUGAUCCACAGCAACAACAGCAGCGCUGAAAGCUUCUAUUCGGCUCUGAGACUCGCGCUGGAGGUCCAUCGGUCCAGAGAGACUGGAGACGUAGCUGUGUUUUUAGCAUCUGAGCAGGAGGUGGUCUGUGCCUGUAAUAUUCUCACUAAAGAAGCGUCCAGGAUGAGUGUAUCUCUGGGAGAGCUGAUAGCUGUACCACUGUGUCCCGGACACACCGGAAUGUGUCCACCAAUCACAGAAAGCCCACAGAAGAGUAGACGGGUCUUCGUUUCCUGUAGCCAAUCAGAGGAUCUGUUUUGGCUUGUGGACACUAUUACAUUUGUCAUUGAUACUGGAGUGGAGAAGAGAUUAGUGAGUGUGUAUAACCCACGAGUGAGAGCCAGUUCAGAGGUCAUCCGACCCAUCAGUCAAUGUCAAGCUGAAAUCCGUAAACGAUUGACUGGAUCAACAGGGAAGUGCUUCUGUUUGUAUCCUGAGGACGUUCAGCUUCCCGCUGAGAUUCCUCCUCGCAUUCUGGAGUCCAACAUCACGUCCACGGCGCUCUAUCUGAAGAGGAUGGAGAUGGCCGGGAUCGGACACUGUGACUUCAUCAGCAGACCUGAUCCUGAGGGCCUCAUGCAGGCGUUGGAGGAGCUCGAUUAUCUCGCUGCUUUGGACAACGAUGGAAACCUGUCUGAGAUGGGCAUCAUCAUGUCAGAGCUUCCUCUGGAUCCUCAGAUGGCGAAGGCUCUGUUAGCGUCCUGCGAGUUCGAUUGUGCUAGUGAGAUUCUAACCAUCGCUGCAAUGCUAACAGCACCAAGCUGCUUCAUCGAUCCUCCCGUCGGCAUGGUAACAGAAGUCAUGCGCUGUCAUAUGAAGUUCCAGCAUCCCGAAGGUGACCACUUCACGCUCAUCAACAUCUAUAACACCUUCAAACGCAGCCAGAAGGAACCAUAUUUCAGUCAGGAGCAGUGGUGUGAGGAGUACUUCCUGUGCUGCGACGCCCUGCAGACGGCAGACGCCAUCAGAGCCCAACUCACAGACAUCCUCAAACGCAUCGAGCUGCCCAUCUCAGAAGCAGCCUUCGGCACCAAAACCAACACACUCAACAUCAAGAGAGCGCUGCUUGCGGGCUUCUUCAUGCAGAUGGCCAGAGAUGUGGACGGUUCGGGGAAUUACUUCAUGCUGCUGAACAAACACGUGGCUCAGGUUCACCGUCUGUCGGGUUACGGAGCAAAAGCUCAUAAACUGGGUCUGCCAGAGUGGGUUCUGUUCCACGAGUACAACCUCUCCGACAACAACUGCAUCCGCUACGUCACACAGAUCUCAGCGCAGGCGUUCCUUCAAAUGGUGCCGCAGUAUUUUUUCUGUAAUCUGCCCCCUAGUGAGAGUAAAGAGAUCCUGCAGCACAUUCUGGACAGAGACAGGACGGGGAAUGCAAGGACAAAACCUCAACCAGCUGUGAUAGAAACAAAGACAGAAGAGGCCGAAUCACAUGACCGAUGUGUCAUCCAGUGAACCAUUAAUAGUGUAAACAGUGAUCAAAUGUUUUGUAUUGUUAACUCUUGAAAAGACACUCAAAGAAUCCUGUUUGGGUCAUUUAUUUUGUGGGAAAUUUAAUCUACUUAUGUACAGAAAUAGAUUAUUUCACUGGUUUUGGGUGACGGUGUUAAACUGUUUUGUGACAAGUUCAUACAUUACGCCUUAAACUUAAGGCCUGGGACAGUAAACAUCUGUUUUCCAGGGUUCAGACACUCAGAUAUUCAGUCAUUUUAUCCAUGACGGCUCCCAUCCUGUCCGCUGGGAUCACCAUGACUGUGCGGUACGGCUUCAUCGGUACGUCAUCGUAUGACCACUUUCCCGUCGCACAGGAAUCAGCCUCGUCCUGAACGCAGUAGCUGAACUUCAGCGUGGCUUGCUGUGAAACAAACUAAAUGUUUACAGUCGAGCCAAGAUUUUUUUUUUUUUUUUUAUGCAUUUGACACUAAAUUCAGGGUCCAUAUGAUCAAAAUGGACCAUUGCAAUUAAUAAAAUCAUGGAAUUUUCUCUAAA